AUGUCCGACCUGGACUAUAAUCUAGGACCCCUCCUCAUCGGGAUCGUAGUCUCUACGGCAUUAUACGGUGUAAAUUGUCUGAAAGUAUAUCAGUAUUAUACCACUCAUACCAAACACGAUGGUCGGGCAUUGAAGCUCUUCGUCACUGCGGUUGCGGUCCUCGAUACCUUACAUGUCGUCCUCCUGACGCAUGCGCUGUAUGACUAUUCAAUCACGAAUUUUGGGAACUAUGAAGUCGAUCGUCUCAUGACAUGGAGUCUGAUUGUCCAGUUUCUCGUCGGGAGUGUACUGGCAACCGCUGCUCAACUCUUCUUCGGAUAUCGACUUCAUCGAGUUCUGAGCGCCCUUGGAAAGAAGCGCCACCAUGUUCCCGUUCUCAUUUGUGGGUGCAGUCUUGCACAACUGGCAUGUGCAAUAGUAUAUGUUGUGAACGGCGUCAGGGUCCGGCGCACUUCAAAUCCGCAGAUCCCGAUGACUACGACCGUACUUGGUCUUAAUGUCAUGUGCGAUAUGUUCAUAUCGGUUGGCAUGCUGUAUUAUCCUCGCAUGAUUCGCCAAGUUGGUAGUCGUAAGGUGCGAAGUCUUGCUGAUCGUCUGCAAAUCUACAACACCAUAACGUUCCUCCUGCCGACUAAAUUGGCGAUCGCUGCUAUGAUUGUGUUCUUGGCGAGCAUGUACAACCUCGUUUACAUUCCUAUCUACUUUGUGUUGAUCCGAACAUAUACUUGGUCGUGCCUGUCAUUGCUCAACGCUCGGGAGCACUACCGCGGGACUGUGUUUGACAGCAUGGUUAACACCGAUGUCGACACUUCCACGACAGUACUUAUAACAGAGAAGGCCUCUAUCGCGGAGACCGAAGGAGAGCCGGCCAUGGUUCGGCACGGGAAUUGGACCUUCGAGGCAAGUGCCGUUGACCCAGACGUAUCUUACGCUUGUCCUAACGACUUUGAAGAUUGA